AUGCUACCUCCAUCAUUAGGAUCAAUCCCAGAGGUCAGAGAAGAGUACCCAGGUGCCUGUCUUACUGAGCGUACUGCCCGCUUACUUCAAUUUAUAGAAUUGGGACCACCUGAUUUAUGUAACAUAUACAAGCAUUCAAUCAACGCCAAAAGGGAACAUGGAGAAAUUGGUACCUUUUUAUAUUUUGUCGGGGUGGAUACAUCUUCAAUAGCGUCAAUUGCAGCCCAUUUACAAAGUUUGGCCAACUUGAUGACUUCAAAGGCACAAUACUGGUUUGGAGAAAAGAAACACUGGAAAGUUCCUCAAUUGACGUACUGUACUUUCAACGCCUUCAGCAAGACUGAUAUCAGAGUUACUGUUCACAUCCCUGGGAAGUUUGGUAUACAAAUAUUAAACCAAGAGGGCAAGAUGAUUCAAGACAAUUUGAAUGAAAAACAAUUAGAAAAGUUGUGGUUGGAGACUUUUGUCACUUCGAUUACUCGUGCAGUUUUGGAAAGUGAAGACAAUGAGGAUGCCAAUAAGUUGGGGGGUGUCGUUGAAAUCAGAAAGAUUAAUCCAUUUAACAACGGAAGUGCAUCUAAAGAGUUGUUGAAUAAUUUUUUUGUUGGAUUUGAGCAAUUAUUCUUCCAAGGAACAAAGUUAGGAUGCAAUGUUGACUUUCCACAACCAACUGUGGUCAACAACUAUCUUGUUGAUGGGUUUUUGAAAGUUGUCGAAUUGACGCAAAGUUACAGCCGAGGAUUGGAAAUUUUGGAGAAAUUGUACAAGACCGAACCUGGUGUUAUUUCAAUCAUUGCAAAACUCCAGUUGUUGAAGCAGGACGAAAUUGAGGCAGUGAAAACCAUGUACAAGGGGAUUCAAGAUAACAAAAGGGAUGCAAAUACUCUAGUCUUGCAAGCAGAAUACUGCUUAGAUAAGAAAAAGCCAGAGUUGGCAUUGGAAUUGGCCAAGCAAGCAGUCAAGUCAUCUCCCUCCGAUUACUUCACUUGGUCGGUCUUGGUCAAAUGUUAUACUAAAUUGGGUGACUUUGAAAAUGCUUUGCUCACUUUGAACUCGUGCCCCAUGAACUCCCACAAAGAGAGAUAUCAGUUAAAGAGAGUCGUGCCAAUCAAGACCCACGAUGAAUUGCAUUUACCAUCGCCAUUGGAUGUCACAUUGGACGAAGUUUCAAAUUUGCAAAGUAAUGACAUUAGUUUUGAGCAUAAAAACUUGGACCCACAAUUGGUCAACUUACCAGCAACGAAUUUAAAAUCUACGUAUGCCAAAGCUUAUGAUUUAUUGACGGAAAUUGUUGCCAAAACAGGCUGGGAGCAAUUGUUGAAAUACCGUGCUAAGGUUUUUGUCAUGGAAGAGGAAUAUAGAAAGGAUAAGAAAACGGCCAACGGACACCUUCGCAAAGGCUCAACUCAGUCUUCUGUCACUGUUAAUGAUAACACCACUGCUACUGCAAUACCAUCAGUCACCGAAAGUGACGUCGAGUCCACUGUGGCAAUCAAGUCACCAACUCAAAAGCCUCUUGAUGCCGCAGCGUCAGUUGCUCCAGAAGCACCGACCGUAGAAGAUGAUACAGAUUAUGACGAAGAAUUCAAAAAGAAGAGAUUGUGUGAAAGGUGGUUGGACAAUUUGUUCAUGCUCUUGUACGAAGACUUGAGAGCAUUCACUAUGUGGCAAGCUGAAUCCUUGCAUUUCCAAGCUCAACAAAUGGAGUACAAAAAGACAACCUUGGAAUGGGAGAUACUUGGUCUGAUAGCUUAUAGAUUGAAGCACUUUAAAGAGGGAGCAGUUGCUUUCUCCAACGCCUUAAGUGGGCGUUUUUCAGCCAAAUCACAACGUGAAAUGCUUAAGUAUUAUUUGAAGGAGCACUCGAGACUUAUAACUAAAAACACUUCGUCAUUUAGUGGCAAUCCAAGCUUCAUUCAAAACUAUUCCAAAAUGAUGAACCAAUUAAAUGAAAAGAUUUUGGAAAGUAUAGUUCGAUUGUUAGUGUGGAACCAUCGAUGGUAUUCCGAUUUCUCCCCAUUUUUACUAUUAGGUUUAAGUGAUCUAGUUGCUUGGGAAGGUUCAGUCAAGAUUGAAAGUUCUGUAAAGGCUUUAUACAGUGAAAUCAAGUUGCCAGGUUCUGGAAGCAAAGACGGUGCUGGUAAAGAUCACAAAGAAGACCAUUUCAGUAAUCAUGGUGUGAUUGAAAUGAUGAAGGAUUUAAACGAUGAUUACAUUAAAUUGUACAAUCUAAAUAACGCUGACGAGUAA